UCCAACUGGCAUUCAGGCUGUUUUUGCGCCUCCAGCUUCCACUGUGUGACCUCCUUCCUUCCCCCCGUGACUCUUGUCCCGUCAGUGGGACCUCCAGGGCUCCCUCGGGUGAACACAGAGAUCCCAUCCAGCCCGCCGGAGCAGGGGGAUGACUGGAAGAAGUUGGGUUAUCCAGGAAAACCGGCGGUUCUGACGGUGCUGAUCCAAGAGGCGCGCAGUCCUCCAGAUACAACAUGAUGUCUGCUAUAGAGACUGGUGUGUACCAGCCUGCACAGCUGCUCAGCUGGGUCUAUAUGUCCCUGCAAGACACGCCGAGCAGCGCUUUUGAUGGCUUCAAAGUCGAGUCGGACUCUUCUCCUCAGGACGUGAGCAGCUCCAAGCGCAGCGCAGCUGAUCUGAGCUCCAACCAUCUCAACAACUUCUUCCAUCUGAGCAGUGAGGCCUUGAACAACAAUUUCUACAAGAGGUCCUCUCCCUAUGGAUCCCUCAACAAUAUCGUGGAUGGCCUGAGCUCCCUGGCGGACCACUUCUCAGACCUCUCCCUGUCCCCCGAGACACGCAAACCCAGCAAAAGGCCGCCACCCAACUACCUGUGCCACCUUUGCUUCAACAAAGGCCACUACAUCAAAGACUGCCCUCAGGCUCGACCCAAAGGUGAAGGCCUGACCCCGUAUCAGGGAAAGAAGAGGUGCUUCGGUGAAUAUAAAUGCCCCAAAUGCAAAAGGAAGUGGAUGAGUGGGAACUCCUGGGCCAACAUGGGUCAAGAAUGUAUCAAGUGCCACAUCAACGUUUACCCUCACAAGCAGAGACCUCUGGAAAAACCCGACGGGUUGGAUGUGUCUGACCAGAGCAAAGAACACCCACAACACCUGUGUGAAAAAUGCAAAGUCCUCGGCUACUACUGCCGUCGAGUGCAAUAACAAGCUCUUCCUGCCUUCAAUACUCCUCCAAAGUUUUACCAAGAAGGGACAGUUUUCUUGUAGUUACUAAACACACGUUAAUAAAUAAUGGUUGUAAUGGAAAGCAUCUAACAGUUUAUUCUCAUGAAAUCUCCUCUCUGACACUGUGACUCUCAGUAUAAGAGGCUCUUUGUGGUUUCUACAAUAUCUCUCAGUGGAGACUUUACAUUUGCUGGGUUCUUGUAAUUUACUCAGUUACUAUUAUGUGAAUAUUCAUUUUAAGUCUUAAUUAUGAACCAAGAAUCUUACCGACUGUGAAUUAAGAAACUUUGGCUCUGUGUCCGUCUUCACUCAUAUCCAACAUGUUGGAGAUGAGGAUUCUCUUUUACAUGUUUGUAUAUUUCAGAAAUAACUUAAAUGAAAAUGUUUUUUUCUGUAUAAAAUAUGCAAGUCUUUACUAAGGAGCAGUAUUAAUGUGUAUCUGCAUUAUUAUCUGUAUUAUCAGUACUGGUGGGUACAUCAUUUUUGAAUAUAUUUUUAAGCCAUACUGUUUUGUUGAAUAUUAUACAUUGUGAAGGAAGAUAUUAGCCAACUAACAUUUAGUCUUUAUAUACUAUGUGCUUCAGUUUGUUGUGAAAACACCCGUCAUUCUGAAGUUUAAAAAGAAAUGAUGGAAACUUUUUCUUUUCUAAUAGAGGAAAUUACAGCAGUUUAUUUUUAUUUUAGCACCCAGUGCUAAAAAACGACUCACCAAAGUGCUUUUUUAUGGGUCAUAAUGUCUCAUAUGUAACAUGGGACAAAAAAAUAAUGAAAUAAAAAUCUGAAUGUACCGGGGAUUGUGAAGGAUUAAGAGGUUUGCCUGUGCUUGUUGCUUUCGAGGGUAUUUUUCACUGUAACUGUGAUGAAACAGAGAUACCUUCUGUUUAAGAGCAGUGAAAUGCCAUUUAAUGUGCCUUAAUUUGAGUAAGCCAUGAGAUGGAUCCCUUUCACUUGUAAUGUUUUUGCAUUAAAAUGUAUUUAAACAUG